GAAUGUGUAGAGGGUACUUGAGCAACACAGAGGAUGCACUUAAACUGUGAUGGCAACAGGAAGCGAGACAUCAGAGUAUCAGAUCACUGCGGAGAAUGACAGAGCUACUAAUCCACAAUCACAAAGACUGGCAGAAAUCCUCAGCUUAAAGUUGACAGAAUGCUGAUGAACAACACAAACCAAACGGAGGACAACCUCUUCUCCUGCUACAGUCCUUCAGUCGUAGGCUACCGGUACUUUGCUGUGCUGUGGGGUUGUGCUGUGACCAUCACUGGUACGGUGGGGAACCUGAUGACCAUUCUAGCCUUCGCCUUUGAUGCACGUCUGAGGACUCGUUUCAAUGUGCUAAUUGUCAACCUGGCUGUAGCUGAUCUCCUGUACUGCACCAUACUGCAGCCCAUCUCAGUCGACUCCUAUCUACACCUCAGAUGGCGCAGUGGUGAGCUCUGGUGCAGAGUGUUCGGGCUGCUCCUCUUCCUCUCCAACUCUGUCUCCAUUAUCACCCUGUGCCUGGUGGCAGUGAGCAGAUAUCUCCUGGUUGCCAAACGGGCUGUGUUUGAUCGUGUCUUCUCUGACCGAGGUCUUACUUUACUUGUGAUCUCAGCCUGGGCACUAGGUCUGGCCAGCUUUGGCCCACUCUGGCAUGUUUUCGUGUUUGUGCCACAGGUGUGCACAUGUAGCUUCCAUCGUACUAAGGGUCGCCCCUACAGCACCAUCCUGCUCUUUUUCUACUUUUUUGUUGGCCUGGGCUGUGUUGGUGCGUUCUACCUGUUGAUUUACAAACGUGUCCGGAUCGCUUCACAGGCCCUGCUUCGCUACAGGCUCAGCCGCCGCUCAUCCAGGAAGAAACCAACUUCUUCAGUACAAGGAACUGAUGACAGUGGUGUAGAGAGUGGCAUGGCCAACACAUCUUGCUGUGAAAUGAGCAGCCAGGCAGAUGUAGCCCAAGAUAAGAAUGAGAUCACCUCCAAAACAUUCUCCCAAUCUACUCCAAGCUCAGCCUUAAAUUCAUCCCCAGGCAACAAGCCUCCCCCUGAUAUCGUCCCUGCACCCACCACUGCAGCGUCUUCAUCCCGUUCAGCAACUUCAGGAGAUGAUGGUGAAUUUAAACGCGUGACUCGCAUGUGCUUCACCGUUUUUCUGUGUUUCGUGUUCUGCUUCGUCCCCUUCCUGUUGCUCAACAUAGCCGACAAACAAAACCGCGCCCCACAGGUAUUGCACAUGUUCUGUGCAAACCUCACCUGGCUCAACAGCUGCAUCAACCCUGUGCUCUACGCUGUCAUGAACCGCCAGUUUCGGCAGGCCUACCACCUUCUGAUCACCAGGGCCGCUUCACCAUUCACCUGCCUCUGGGCCAGGUGGCAAGGCCUGAGAUCCUGAUUUCUUUGAACUUGCCUUACAGAAACCUAGUAUGAUAUUAUUCUAGUGAAAUACAAGACAACUUACAUUCAGUCGCUAUGCACUUUCAAGUUGUUUUUCUGCAUGAUUUAUUAAUUAAUGAAAGAGAAAGAGAAGGAGUUAUGCAGGAUCUUAGCUCUGAUAUAGUGAACAGCAUAAUUUACAUGUGAUUUAUGUUGUAUCACAAACAUUGCAGACAUGUUUUACUUCAUUGUUUGCUUUUUACAUUAUGUGUCAUGUAUGCGCAAGAUUAUACUACGCGUUUAUGUUAUGUAUAUAAUAAAUUCUAUUUUGUAAUACAUA